AUGGGUUCCAAUAAGAUCUGGCUCCGGGCUGAGACUAAGCCCGCAGAAGCGCGCUCUGCUUUGACUCCUACCACCUGCAAGGCUCUCAUUGAUGCUGGGUAUGAGGUGACUGUUGAGCGCUCUACCCAGCGUAUUUUUGAUGAUGAGGAAUUCACAAAGAUUGGCGCUCCUCUCGUCGAGGAAGGUUCCUGGGUGAAGGAUGCCCCCAAGGACGCAUACAUCCUGGGUCUCAAGGAGCUCCCCGAGGACGACUUCCCGCUUGAGCACGUUCACAUCUCCUUUGCGCACUGCUACAAGGGCCAGGGUGGCUGGGAGCAGGUUCUGAGCCGGUGGCCCCGUGGUGGUGGUACUCUUCUGGACCUGGAGUUCCUUACCGAUGAUGUUGGUCGACGAGUUGCUGCUUUUGGUUUCUCUGCUGGUUAUGCCGGUGCCGCUUUGGCUGUCAAGAACUGGGCCUGGCAAUUGACGCAUCCUGAGGGCGAGCCUCUUACUGGCGAGACUCCUUACGCGAACCAGGACCUUCUGAUUGAGUCUGUUAAGGCAUCGCUUCAGGCUGGCCAGAAGCAGUCCGGCAGGUCGCCGAAGAUUCUGGUUAUCGGUGCUCUCGGACGUUGCGGCAAGGGUGCUGUCCAACUGGCCAAGGAUGUUGGUAUUCCUGAUACCGACAUCAUCAAGUGGGAUAUGGAGGAGACCAAGAAGGGUGGUCCCUUCAAGGAGAUUGUUGAGGAAUCUGAUAUUUUUGUGAACUGCAUUUACCUGUCCUCCAAGAUCCCUCACUUUGUGAACGUUGAGAGCCUUGACACUCCCAAGCGUCGCUUGUCUGUUAUCUGCGACGUUAGCGCUGAUACCACGAACCCGAACAACCCGAUCCCUGUCUACAACAUCACCACCACCUUCGAUAAGCCCACGGUACCUGUGAGCCUGCCAGGCGGCAGCCAGGGCACGCCCCUCAGCGUGAUCAGCAUUGAUCACCUCCCGUCGCUUCUUCCCCGUGAGAGCUCCGAGAUGUUCAGCGAAGCUCUGAUGCCAAGCUUGCUUCAGCUCAAGGACCGUGAGAAUGCGCGCGUCUGGAAGCAGGCCGAGGAGCUCUUCAACGAGAAGGUUGCAACCCUGCCACAAUAA